AUGCCACCUGCAGAAACAAGGACACAACCGCAACGCUGCAGCAGGCUCCGGAACACAACCUUCCUCCUAACACACCAGUUGCUAAUCUUUGUAACCGCACAGCAAAAUCACAGCACACCACAGACCAGACGGCACGACCUAAUUACCAGAACGAAGAAAGCUGUCAAGAGACAAAGCGGCUCCCGGCCCGCGCAGCAGGCAGACAGGGAAGUCCGGUGUCGCCUCCCCGCCCGCCGGGCUGCGGCCUCCCUCAGUGCCCCCGACUGCCCCGGGGAAGCCGCCCCGGCCCGCCGCGGGACCCAUGCGGGCACCGGCGGCCCCCGAGCCCUGAGCCGCGCCGCCUCACCCCGGCCCUCUCGACCGCCGCCUCCCCCUCAGAACCCAGCGGGGCCGAGAGCCGGCAGCACGCUCCCACCCACGCUCCCACUCACCCGCCUUCCGCCGCGGCCCGCCCCGCGCAGGGCGCUCACCGUUCGCUACGACACGGGCGGAGAAGACGCCAGCCGCCCCAUGGCCGCGCAGCCCGGCCGCCUGACACAUCAACAAAGAUGGCGGCGGCGGCGGGCGGCGCUACGGAUGGACCUGCGGGGGGCGGGGCCACGGGGGCGAGGGCGCGCAGAGGGGCGCAGGGGCGCGCAGGUGGCAGGUGAGGGCCGGGCGGGAGUUGCAGAAGUAACGGUGCUCCGGCGCGCACGAGCCUCACAUGGAGUAGCGAAAACUACAGCCCGUUUUUCCUGCGCCGAGGGGACCAUCAGCAGCAUGGCCCAGGCACCGCCUGUAAAGGAUGCAGGAAGUUCCAUGGAAAGCACAGCCGCUAGAAGAAAGUUGCCAUUGACAGAUGCAACUGAUAAUGGAGAAAUGGUAUCACACUCGGAUGCAGUUGAGAAGCCAAAGAAGUUGCAAUAUUCUUCUAAGAAUGUUUUUUCUAUUGGCUAUGAUAAAAGUUUCUUUGGUAUGCUGACACCGUCUCCUCAGAUGAGAACUUGCCAUCGUUGUGGUCUGUCUGGAUCCCUCAGAUGUUCACAAUGUAAGCAAAUAUACUAUUGCUCUGUGGAUUGCCAGAAGAGAGAUUGGACAGUACACAGCGUUGUGUGUGAGCCAGUUAAACAGAAUUUAAGUAGUAGCAGUGGAGGCAAGUUACCUGCUAAAACCAAGACAGGAUUUUACGUUAAGGAUAAUUUAACGACUGAGGAUUCCUUCAAGACAAAAGAGCAUUUCAAGAAGAUAAUGUUUUCAGAUCUCCAGACUCUAGGACUCAAAAAAUCUAUGGAAGUACAGGGUACGAUAACAGAAUUCAAGAGUCCAAGUGAAUUUUAUAUACAGAUGAACUCUCCUGAAGUUUUAGAGCAGAUUAGCAAACUUUCUGUAAGACUGCAAGACUGUUACGCUAACGCAGUUAUUGAGGAGCAGUAUGUUGCGAUCAGAGGGGAAGUCUGCGUGGCGAGGAACUCUGUGGAUCAGACAUGGAGAAGAGCAUUGGUUAAAGAUGUGGAUGUAUUGCAAAAGAAAGCACAAGUGUUCUAUAUAGAUUGUGGAAAAGAAGAAAAUAUUUCACUCUCCUGGAUUAAAGCUCUACACAAAGAGAUUGAACUGUUUCCUCCAUGUGCAAUUAAGUGUUCUUUUGCCAAUUAUGAUCUUGAACAACAAGGAUGCAAUGAAGGCACUGCCAUCUUUUCUUCCAAGCUGAUGGGAAAGACCUGUUCAGUAAUUGUUGUUGAUGUACUGCAAGAGGAAAUGAUGUCAAGUUUUGCUGUAGAUGUUGUUCUUCCAGAUUUGUCAGAAAACAAUUCUAAGGAAAGUAAAGAAAACAUACCUGAAGAUAAAGAAGAGCGUUGCUGUGGAAAUAUAACUGCACAGAGUGUCUCUAUAUGUAUUGGAGACACAUUUUCUGUUGUGGUUUCACAUGUUCAAAAUCCAGAAGACUUUUUCUGUCAGCAGAUACACAUUGGCCGUCAACUUGCUGAGCUUCAGGGGCACCUUUGCGAGUACUGCAACAAACUUCCAAGUGAUCCAAAUUUCCGACCAGUUUCUGGAGAGCUGUGCUGUGCCCAGUUCACAGAAGACGAUGUCUGGUAUCGUGCUGCUGUUAUAGCACAUGCUUCUGAAAAUAACAUUGUGGUGGGUUAUAUAGAUUAUGGUAACUUUGAAGUUCUGCAGCCAGCUAGACUUCGUCCUAUGAUUCCAAAAUUAAUGGACUUGCCAGCUCAAGCCAUAAGAUGUACCUUGGCAGGUAUCAAGCCACUGUUGGGAGCCUGGACCUCAGAAGCUAUUUCUCUUAUGAAACAAUUAGUAAAAGACAAAGUGUUCACAGUGAAAGUAGUGGAUAAAGAGAGUUACAGAUGUGUGGUGGAGCUCACAGAUGCAUCAGUUAUUCCAGAAAUAAAUAUAUCGAGAUGUCUCAUAGAAAAGGGCUGUGCAGCUGAAGCAUCAAGAAUGACCUUGCAAGCAAUUGAAAUGGGUGAUGUAAUGCAAGCAAAUGAGGACACAGCAAACAAAAAGAAGUGCAAGUGGAGUAAAUUCUCUCAUAAAGGAGCAGUAGAUGUGAUAGUGUGUACACUGUACAGUCCUGGAGAAUUCUACUGUCAGAUUGCAAAUAGCAAUGAGCUAUGUGCUCUAAACUCAAUUAACAAAUCACUGUUCGAAUACUGCCAGAAAAGUCCUCCAAAUGUUUUCAAGCCUAAGAAAGGAGAACCUUGCUGUGCUUUAUUCUCUGAUGAUGGUAAUUGGUACCGUGCUUUGGUGGAAAACAUUAUUUCAGAUAGAGUUGUUCAAGUACGCUUUGUGGACUAUGGAAAUGUUGAAGAAGUACCAGUGGAUAACAUGCGGCAGAUUUCAUCCUCGUUCCUAGAGCUGCCAUUUCAAGGAAUUAAAUGCUGGCUUUCAGGUAUAAAGCCUGCUGGUAGCAAAUGGAACCCAGAAGCUACAAAAAGAUUUCAUAAGUGCACUUCAGGAAUGAAGCUUCAAGCCAGAAUAACUUCAUUUUCCAGAGAUGGGGCAGGUGUAGAACUUAUUGACAAUUCUAUGGGUCAUCCAAAAGUGAUCAGUGAGAUGCUAAUUUCUGAGAAAUUGGCUGUGAAGGAAGAGCUGCAAGAUAAAAAUACUUCUCCAAAAACCUCACUUGGGCACUGGGAGUCAAUAGAAUUGGCAGUGGAUCAAACUCUAUCUGUCUGCGUGACAGAAGUUAGAAGCCCAGACUUGUUUUAUGUUGUACCAGCUUAUUGCAAAGAUGGAGAUAAACUACUUAAGCAGCUGACUGAACUACAGGACUAUUGUAAAUCCUGUAAGAAGCAGCCUUUCACACCAAAGCUAGGGGAAGCCUGUUGUGCCAGGUUUUCAGGUGAUGCGCGUUGGUACAGAGCUGUUGUUCUAAAAGUUUCUCAGUCCACAGUUGAAGUACUGUAUGCAGACUAUGGGAACAUAGAAACUGUACCACUUUCAAAUGUGCUGCCAAUCACUGAUUCCUUCUUAAAGAUUCCUUUUCAGACAAUCACAUGUUCACUUGCAGCAAUAAAGAAAGUUGAAUGGUCUCCAUUGGUUCUUGACACACUGAAGGAAAUGUUACUGAAUAAAUAUGUCACAAUCACAGUGAAAGGAAUUAAUGGAAAUAUCAAAUUGGUAGAAGUGGAGAAAGAGAGUGAAAAUGGUAGUAUAAAUGUAGUGGACAAAUUAGUAAUGGAGGGUUUGGUGAGAUACUGUGAAGCUGCAAACUCCGAUGUUGCACAUCAAGGCAGUAGAAGUGAGACCAAAUGCUGCUGCGCAGAGUUAAAAAUGCAGCUUAAAAAACAUGAACAGGUUCUCCUCUUCCUUUUAAACAAGCACCUCGAUCCAGACAGAUAUGAAAAAAUGAAGAAAAUAUUGGAAAGCUGAGUCUGAAGUUCUGUCCCAUUUAUAUAGAAUCACAAGGUUGGAAAGGACCUCCAAGAUCAUCUAUUUUGGAAGAGCAGUACUAAAAACGAGAGUUGCUUCCUCUGUUUAAAUAACUGUAUCAGUCUGUAUAUUUGGACUGUUAUCAAAUGUAUAAUGUUAAUGAUUUCAAAGCUGCAAGCUGAAUUUUCUGUUGUGUUUUUGUUUGGGGGCUCAGCGUUGGUGAGCUGCUUUUGUUUUGCUGUUGAAUGCACGUAAGCCUAUGGAAUUGUCACAGCACCUUGAGAAUACCCUGGUAACUUAAAUUUAAAAUGAUUGUAAUCAUAAAGUUCAACUUUGGUACGACUGAAACUGAACUCUUUUGAAAGGGUAGAUAACAGCAGGGCAAGGGGAGCUGGUUUUAGGUUGAGGGAGGGAAGAUUUGGGUUGGAUGUCAGGGGAAGCUCUUUACUAGGAGAAGUGGUGAGGUGCUGAAACAGCUGCCCAGAGAGGCUGUGGAUCCCUGGAGGUGUUCAAGGCCAGGUUGGAUGGGGCCAUGGGCAGCCUGGUCCAGUAUUAAACGGGGAGGUUGGUGGCCCUGCCUGUGGUGGGGCGUUGGAGAUUCGUGAUCCUUGAGGUCCCUCCCAACCUGGGCCAUUCUGUGUGAUUCUGUGAUUGAUUUUACUUAAACAACUCUAUCUUAGCCUUUCCUGCCUUUCAACUUAAUUUCAUGCCUGUGUAAAGUUAGACUGAAAGUUUUCUUUAUAAACCUGUUCUUGGCAUCGUUAAA